AUGUCCUACAUUUCCUCUUUAAAUCUACUUACAGAUGACAGCCCUGUCCCUCUAUCUGAAGAAGCUUUGAACGAAGAGCUUGCAUUAUGGGCGAAUGCGCAGUUUACGUUCGAUACAAAUCAGAAUACAGCCGUUCACAAUGAUCCGUAUAAAAGUAUUUCAGAGCAACCUAAUCUGUUUGCUAGCUUUUCUGGCUAUCACGAACUCGACACUACCAAUACACAAGCAAACAAUAAUUUGAAUAGCAACACUCUUAUCAAUUCUUACGGAAGUAUUAACAGCAAUACUACCAAUUUCUUUUUUCAAGAAACCCCUAUUCAAGAGAGUUCCCGUCCUCAGUCGAGUGCUACACCAUUACAACAGCCACAAUCACAACCACAAUCACAAUUCCAUUUACACAAACAACAAAACCCUUUACCGCGUUUAGCACCUGCUCCAACGCCACAGAAAACAGCAAAUAAUGUGGUGUUGAGCCAGCCUUUAUCUCCAUUGAGUGCAAAUGGCCCGAAUAACACGUAUAAUUUGUCAUCCCCCUCAACGUCCUCUUUAUCAUCCCCUCGCCAGCUUGCUACUUCGGUGCCCACAAAUCUCAGCAAUAAAAAAAGGAAGACGCUUGUUAAAGAUAGACUAACAGAAGAAGAUAAAGAAGCAAUUGAAGAAGAUAAAAGAAGACGGAAUACGGCCGCAUCAGCAAGGUUUCGUAUGAAAAAAAAGCUACGAGAGCAAGCUUUAGAAAGAACAGCCAGAGAAAUGACAUUGAAAGCAGAGACACUUGAGAAAAGAGUGGUAGAACUUGAAAAAGAAGUGAAAUGGCUUCGUGCCCUAGUGAUAGAAAAAGAUCCCUCUCUACUGCCCAACCGAUUGCAGCUCAACUAA